UGCCUAUAGCACGUGGGGUAAAAUGUUGGUGUUUUCAAUUUUGGAAUUUGUUUGGAAUGGUGUUUGGUCCUACCAUACGUCUGUGUUUAGUGGGAAUCAUAUGAAAACUUCUAAACAUAAUUUGUGAUAUAAUUAUAUUUUUGUAACUACUUGUUUUCUUGAAAUUUGUAUAAGUUGCAUGAUAAUUUUUUCUCAACAUCAUUUACUUAAAAUAUUUUGACAGCUUACCUUCCACCCAGCAAACAGCAACAGCCUCUCCAAGAUAACUACUGCUGCUAAUGAAGUAAAAGUAAAAAACCUUUUGCCUGGUGUAGAAUACAGAUUUCAACUUAGGACCAUUAAUGGGAAAGCGGCUAGUGUGCCUUUAGAGAAAUUAAUUAGCACAAGACCAGCUGGAAUUUGUGGUCUUACCAUAAAAUCAGCAAAUACUUCUUCAGCAACCUUAACUUGGGAUCACAGUGAAAGCAAUUUUACACAUUACAGAAUAAUACUAUCUAACCAGACAUUUUUAAGAGAAUAUAAUGUUUCUGAUCCACUCACACAUUAUACUGUAUCAAAUUUAACCCCAGGUGCCAUUUAUCGUUUUACAGUUCAGAGAAUGAAAGGAACUGUUAAAGGUGCUCUCACAUAUAUAAAGCUGGUCACAGAGCCUGAGCAGCCACAAGAACUUAGAUCCUUCAAUAUUUCAUCACAGUCCUUUUCACUGUCCUGGAAGCAACCAUCCGGGCGGGUGGAAACAUAUCAAGUGGAUCUUUUUCCUCCACAUGGCUUUGUUACUGUCAGAGAUCUCGGAGGAGGGGAGUAUCAGGCAGAUGUAUCCAGCCUUGCUCCUGGUACAGCCUUCACUGUCACUGUUUCUUCUGUGUCAUCUUCAGCAUUUAGUUCACCUGUCAGCAGAUCGGUGGUUACCAAUGAGACCAUUCCCGGACCCCCAGUAUCCUUAGCUGGAGAAAGAGUUGGCUCUGCGGGAAUUCUCCUUUCCUGGAAUGUACCACGAAACCCAAAUGGGAAGAUCCUAGCCUACUAUGUCAUUUUCAGAGAAGUUUGUCCAUGGAUGCAGUCCACUUAUACCCAAGCAGCUACAAAACCUGACAGUCUGGAAGUUCUUUUGACAAGCUUGACCCCUGGAACAACAUAUGAAAUAAAGGUGGCUGCAGAAAACAGUGCUGGCAUUGGAUCUUACAGUGAAUCUUUUCUUUUUCAGACUGCAGAAAGUGCUCCAGGAAAGGUUGUGAACCUGACAGUUGAAGCAUUAAAUUCUUCAGCAGUAAAUCUUACUUGGUUUUUACCAAGGCAACCACAUGGAAAGAUAACCAGCUUUAAGAUUAGUGUCAAACAUGCAAGAAGUGGAAUAAUAGUAAAAGAUACCACGGUGAAGGUAGAAGAUAUUUUGAAUGGAGCAUUGCCAGAAUGCAAUGAUAAUAGAGAAUCUUUUCUGUGGAGCACAACAAGCCCCUCAUCAACUCGUGGCCAGUCCACAACCACUUCUCCAUUUGUAUCAAGAACUGCUACAUCUCCAUCAUUUAAUUCUAUCUGGAAUGAACCUAUCACUUUCAUUGUGGGCCAGCUGAGACCAUACACAACUUACUUGUUUGAAGUUUCAGCAGUCACCAGUGAGCCUGGAUACAUUGAUAGCACCAUUGUUAGGACUCCAGAAUCAGUCCCAGAAGAUCCACCCCAGAAUCUAGUCACGGGAAACAUCACAACACGCUCUUUCUCUGUGAUUUGGGAUGCACCGACAAUUGUGACAGGAAAAUUUAGCUACAGAGUUGAGCUGUAUGGUCCAGUAGGUCACAUCCUGGACAACAGCACAAAAGAUCUCAGGUUUACAUUUACCAACCUUACACCAUUCACCACCUAUAAUGCAUAUAUCAGCGGGGAAACCAGCGCAGGUGUUGGGCCAAGAGCCAACAUAUCGGUUUUCACCCCAGCAGAAGUACCUAGUACAGUUUUUGAUUUAAAUGCAACAGAGAUUGCCGCCACUUCUAUAACAGUACAGUGGAGAAAACCUCAGCAACCAAAUGGCAUCAUCACUCAGUACAGAGUUAAAUCUUCAGUAAACAAUUCAGGAGUGGUCAUUGAAAAUGUUAUCCUCACAGGAAAAAAUCAGUACUCAGAUAAUCCGACCUCUCCCACGUCAAGUUAUAUCUCUCAAACCCCUGUGUUUGGGCUUUACAAAGAAGGUUUAACUGGCGCUUAUGAAGGUUCAGCCGAGUUUUCUCCCACAACUCAGUUCAUGUCUUCAGUGACAUUUCAUACAAAUACGAAUGACAACUCAGUUAUUGAGACUGUACUUAAUGGAACUGACAUUGAUGCGGAACUAUUAUUGCACACUAUUAAGAACCUUACUCCCUACACUGAAUAUUUAAUUAGUGUUACUGCUUUUACAACUGUUGGUGAGGGCCCCCCAGCUCAAAAAGUGGUGAGGACGAGCGAACAAGUUCCCAGCUCAGUGCAGAACAUAAAGUAUGAAAAGGUUAAUUCAACAACUGUAAUGCUCCUUUGGGAUCCUCCAUUGCGACCAAAUGGAAUGAUCACAAAGUAUACCAUCUAUGUAAUGGAAGUGAAUUCAAGUAAUGCUUUUGAGAAAACAACAACAGAUAAGAGCAUCCUUAUUACAGAUUUAAAAAAAUUCACAGAUUACAAAAUGCGUGUAACUGCUUCUACUUCAGCAGGGGAAAGUAAUUCAUCAGAAAAAAUUGAUGUUUUUGUCAAAACCCUUGAAGAUGUGCCAGGAUCUCCACCCCAAAACCUACGUUUAUUGGGUGUUAAUUCAACGGCCAUUAGUUUGGCGUGGUCCCCACCUUUAGAACCUAAUGGAAUUAUUACUCACUAUGAAGUAAUUUACACAAAUGAUACAGACCUUUUUACCCAAAAUACAGCAUUGACAAGUUUAUCGUUGACUGAUUUAUAUCCUUAUACAUUAUAUAGUAUUUCAGUUCGAGCUUUCACCAGAUUUGGACAUGGAAACCAAACAACUAAUGUGUUGGCUGUAAGGACAUCAGAAACUGCUCCAAGCAGCCCCCCAUAUAAUUUGACAUACAGGAGUAUUUCUUCAACAGAAGUGUUAAUCAGAUGGCAACCUCCAUUGUUUGCCAAUGGAAUUAUACAAUUUUACAAUAUUACCUACUGGAAUGCAUCACUUAACCUAACAAACACGAGCAAAGAUCCACAGAUUGUUUUAUCUGACCUUAAGAAAUACUCACAGUAUCAAGUUGCUGUAUCCGGUUCUACAAUGCAUGGCAAUGGAAAUCAAACUAGUGCUGUUUUAAACAUGACAACUUUAGAAGAUGUUCCUGAGAGUGCACCAGAGGGUAUCAAAUAUAUAAAUAUAUCCUCUACAGAUAUAGAAGUUUCAUUUUAUCCUCCCUUAAUACCAAAUGGAAACAUAAUGUACUAUACAAUAUACAUUACAUGGCUAAAUGAGACAAUGGAGAAGGCCAUGAAUACAACAAACCUUAUAGGAAACAUUACAGGCCUAAAGAAAUAUACAUCCUAUAUUCUGUCUGUGUCUGCAAGUACUAUAAAAGGGGAAGGCAUACGCAGCGCACCUCAGAUCAUUACUACAGAAGAAGAUUCUCCAUCAUCUCCACCUCGAUCUCUCAAGGUAAAACAGCUAUCUGGUAUCACUAUGGAAUUGUCAUGGGAACCACCUCUGGAGCCAAAUGGAAUUAUACUCAACUAUAAUGUUUAUAUUUGGAAUGAAAUAUCAAACAAAACAAUAACUGUGAAGCAGACGUUUGUAGAGCUGGAACACUUGGAAACCAACAAUGAAUAUUAUGCAUAUGUCACAACAAUUACCCGAUUUGGGGAUGGAAACAUAAGAAGUGAUAUUGUUACAUUUAGGACAUCAGAGGGAGCUCCCAGUGACCCUCCAAGAAAUGUUUCAUACAAGAAUAUUACUUCUGAUUCAAUAAUGGUUUACUGGAUACCACCUUCCAAACCCAAUGGAAUUAUCCAAUACUAUUUAGUGUACUACAGUAAUAUCACUGACACCUACUCUAAAAACCUUACUGCUGAUGAAAUUAAUACUGAUAUGGAAGGCCAAUGGGCAAUUGUUGGUGGUUUGGCUAAAUUUAGCACCUAUAAGUUCUGGAUUACUGCAAGCACGUCAUUUGGAGAUGGCAAUCAAACAAGUGAAAAGAUUGAUGUUAUUACAGAUGAGGAUGUUCCCGAAUCUGGUCCAGUUAUAAAGGACUGCUUUAACCAAACAUCUGCAUCAUGUUUGUUAAUCUGGGAUCCUCCACUGAAGCCAAAUGGCAUUAUAAGAAAUUAUUCUUUGGAACUUUAUGGACCACAGGGAAAUCAGUCAUUGUGUACUUCUGAUACCUUCAUUAUUUUGAAAGAUCUCACGCCUUAUACCCAAUUUAUUGUGUCCAUUGCUGCAACAACCAUAAAGGGAAUGGGCCCUCCUAAUCAGUUUGCCUUUCAGACUGAUGAAGCAGAACCUUCAAUGCCUCCGCAGAACUUGACAUUUAUUAAUGCCAGCGACAAUACUGCGUGGUUACAUUGGAGCCCAAGCCCAAAGCCUAAUGGAAUUGUGCUGGCCUACAGUUUUAAAAUUGUGGAAAAUGGAAGUGAAUUAGAGUUUUUUCAGAACAUAACAGGCAAGCAAACCGAAGGACAACUCAGUGCUCUGCAACCUUUCACCACAUAUUUUGCCAGUGUUUCAGCUUUUACAAAAGUUGGUAAUGGGAACCAGUUUAGCAACAAUAUCAGCUUCACAACAAAGGAAUCUGUUCCAGGCAUUGUCCAGAAUAUCAGAUGCACUCCUACCAGUUAUCAGUCAGUUUUGAUUCAGUGGGAUCCCCCUUCACAACAAAAUGGAAUGAUCAGUCAUUACAUUAUAACAUCUAAUGACAACAUUUCAGAAGUUCCACCUAAAGAUCAGGUGUACACUUUGAGAGAAUUGCUCUCUAAUACAACAUACACUUUUAAAAUCCAAGCUGUUAAUGCUGCUGGUAAAGGACAAGAACAGGAAUGCAAUGCUACUACAAAAUCUGAAGAAGUGCCUAGUGCUCCAAGAAGUGUUACUUUUCUCAGUGUUGAGUCUGGAAGCCUUGUUAUAAGAUGGAAUAGACCAACAAAUGUUAAUGGCUAUUUAAUGAACUACAAAAUUACAGUCCAACUUCUCUCUUGGGAAUGCAAUAACUGGGACAACAAUAAAUGCAUUGAGACAGUUCUGGAUUUCUACUCAUUUGAAGAUGAGGUUGUUCUUAUUAAGACAAUAAAUGGAUUGAAAACAUUCAGAUGGUAUAGACUUAAAAUAAGUGCUAGCACAAAUACUGGAUAUGGUGUUCCUUCUCCGUGGAUUCAUACUCAGACAUUACCCGGUCCUGCAAAUGGACCACCGCAAAAUGUAACAGUAACAGCAACAUCACAGAGCCUGAAUAUCAGCUGGAAAGAACCUUUAAUCAUCACUGGGCCUACUUCAUUUAUGAUCAAUGUGUCCUCGGUUAACCGUGAAGAGUACAGUAAGGUAUUCACAAAGCUGAGCAAUGAAAGUAAAACCUUGGAAGUCACUGGUCUGAAGCCAUUUACCAAUUAUUCUGUAACAGUUACAGCCUUCACUGGACCCUCAGAUUUAGCAUACACAGAAGGGAAAUUGAGUAGUGUGGUGAUUGUCACAACUCUUGAAGCAGUACCGGCUGAUCCCCCUACAAACAUAGAAAUCCAGAAGAUUCCACAUGAUGUUACAAAGGUUCAGAUGACCUUCAUUCCACCAUCUGAACCCAAUGGGAAGAUUCAGUAUCAAGCAGUAGUUUACAAGGAAGAUAAUCCUAAAGACAGUCAAAUUCGUAAUCUAAGUAUUAUUAAAAACAACAAUAAUACUAUCACGGCAGUAAUAGAUGGCCUUAAAGGAGGAUACACCUACAAUAUACGUAUAUAUGCAGUAAAUGGGGCUGGAGCAGGACCAAAUGCUACACAGAUGAAAAUUACUACAGAUAUUACAGAACCACCCCGACCUGUUAUGCAGCCACAGCCUAUAUAUAACCCCAGUGGAAGUAUAAGAGCAACUGCAACUACUUUUACCAUUAUGAUGCCCAAAUGUUACUUUAGUGAUGAUAAUGGGCCAAUAAAAUACAUCCAGGUUAUUGUUUCAGAGGUAGGAGCACAACAUGUUGGGAAUAUCAGCUGGUGGCACGAAGCCUAUCACAAGAAACCAAAGCCAUAUUUUACAAGUGAUGGUUUUCCAAACCCAUUGUGUUCCAAAAGUCGAAUAUCUGAUGAGUAUGUAAUUGGAGCUAAUGAGUCUUGUAUGGCCUUGGAUAUUAAAGAUACAUUCUGCAAUGGACCCUUAAAGCCAAGAAAACAAUACUUGUUUAAAUUUCGUGCAACUAAUAUAAGAGGCCAGUAUACAGAUUCUGUUUAUUCAGAAGUGGUCAAAACAUUAGAUGAUGGACUAUCGCAAACACAGGUUGAAAUAAUCUUGUCUGUUACUCUUUGUGUGCUUUCUGUUAUUCUGCUUGUGGGAGCCAUUUAUGCCUUUGCAAGGAUUAGACAGAAGCAGAAGGAAGGUGGUACCUACUCUCCAAGGGAUGCAGAAAUAAUUGAUACUAAGUUUAAGCUUGAACAGUUGAUCACAGUGGCAGACUUGGAACUGAAGGAUGAGAGAUUAACGCGAUAUUCUUCAUUUUUCUUUAAACGCAAGGACAUAUAUGUCAUUCAGUUACUUAGUUAUAGGAAAUCACUCAAGCCCGUAAGUAAGAAAGGUUUCUUACAACAUGUCGAGGAGCUCUGCACAAAUAACAACCUAAAGUUUCAGGAAGAAUUUUCGGAACUACCAAAAUUCCUUGAAGAUCUUGCCGUAUCAGAUGCUGAUCUACCCUGGAACAGGUCGAAGAAUCGAUUCACAAAUAUAAAGCCAUAUAACAAUAACCGAGUAAAGCUUAUAGCGGAUGCUGGUGUGCCUGGAUCAGAUUACAUCAAUGCUAGCUAUGUGUCUGGAUACAUUUGCCCAAAUGAGUUCAUCGCAACGCAGGGACCUUUGGCUGGCACAGUGGGAGAUUUCUGGAGAAUGGUUUGGGAGACUAGAGCAAAAACCAUUGUGAUGCUUACUCAGUGUUAUGAGAAGGGAAGGAUCAGAUGUCACCAGUACUGGCCGGAAGAUAACAAACCAGUUACUGUUUUUGGAGACAUUGUUAUCACAAAAGUAGCCGAAGAUGUUCAGAUUGACUGGACGACUCGUGAUUUGAAAGUUGAAAGGCAUGGAGACUUUAUGAUAGUACGGCAGUGUAACUAUACUUCUUGGCCAGAGCAUGGAGUACCGGAAUCCACUGCUUCAUUAAUGCAUUUUGUAAAGAUGAUUCGAGCCAACAGGCCACAUGAAAAUACACCGACAGUUGUACAUUGCAGUGCUGGAGUUGGAAGAACAGGAGUUUUUGUUGCACUGGAUCAUUUAGUUCAACACAUCAACCAUCAUGAUUUUGUGGAUAUUUAUGGUCUUGUAGCAGAAUUAAGAAGUGAAAGAAUGUGUAUGGUACAAAACAUGGCACAAUACAUAUUUUUGCACCAGUGUGUUGUGGACUUAUUAGCAAGCAAAGGUAGCAACCAGCCCAUAUCUUUUCUAAACUAUUCUGCACUUCAGAAAAUGGAUUCUUUGGAUGCCAUGGAAGGUGAUGUUGAGCUUGAAUGGGAAGAAACAACAAUGUAAUAUUGGUUUAUAUGACAAUCACAAGUUUUUUGGCACAAGGGCCAACAAACUUCUCUUCCACGGACCAGAGCUGAGAUAUCGGAUAAGGAUGACAAAUUGUUUUACUUAUUUCUGUGCCUUAAACAAUGGAUGGCUGUAAUUACAUGUGUGCUCUGAAAAAUCAAGAACAAUAAGGUCAUUUUGCACUUCUAUAAUAUAAGAAUGGUAAUGUGUUAUUUGAAGCAGUUUAUUUUUUUAAUUAUCUUUCAAAAGAUAAAUACAAAGCCAAAUUUGAUGAGAAAACAUUACUGUCCUCUGUGUGGAUGUUUCAUUAAUAGCACUGAUAUCUUUUUGUUUGCAUAUGUGGCAUAAAAAUGUAAGAUAAUAUCUUCUAAUGAUAAUAUAUAUAUUUAUAUAAGAUAUAACCUUCUGUUUUAUGAGUGUUGGGUUAUCAUCCUCUGAUCCUGAACAGCUGAGCACUCACCCUGUGACAUUGUAGGAAUAACUGUGGCUUUUACACAGUAGCUCUUCUUGAACACCAAAGGCUAUUUAAGACAAAUUGUAGCAACCUUUUUAUUGUUUUUAUUUCAUAACAUUGUGUGUGUAUAUAUAUAUAUACUGUUUAUAUAUAUAUAUAUAUAUAUUUACAUAUGCUGUAUAUGUAUAUUGAUACUUUCAGUAGUUGCCUCCUGUAUCCUUUACUUUUAAUAUUUUAGAAUAAAGGUUUGCUUUAUGAUUAAUGGCUUUUGCUUAUUUUGUAUUUGACUGUGAAAGUCACGGAGUUGCCUUUAAUCAUUUCACGUAAACAUGACAAGGGCGUGAAGACUUGCAACCUGUUAUUAAUUUGUGUAACUAGCAGUAAGUUGAUGAAGAGCUAUACCUUUUAACUGAUUAUGCAGGCCAAGUAGCAAAAUUUAUGGCUUUGUCCUAAACUGUGAAACAAACUAUGACUUUCAUUGUCACAAUUUACAGAAUAUUGUUUUUUUAAAAAAUAUGUGCUGCAUUUACAGAGUGAAAUGCUGUUAUGUAUAUUGAUUUGCAUAUGUUCCCAUAACAUUACAUUGUUAAUUACAUUUAAUUACAUUCCGUGGACAUAAACACAACACAGAUAGAAUUCUGACUUAAACUCAAAACAUUUACUUAUUUUCUCUGAGUAUUUUUGUUCUAUCUAAUGCAACACAUUUAAUCAAAAUUAAUCACAGUUAUUAUUUUGUUGCUACUAAAAAAAGCCUGCUAUUUGCUGUAGGUCCCUUCUGAUAUCAGUAUGAAAUGCCAGAGGCUGGCUGCCUGUACACAUUUUUGCACAAUUGUUGGAAAAGCAAAGCAAUUUUUUAGUUGUUCUUAUUGGUCCCAGUGGGCAUCAACCUGCAGUGAUUGACUUUGACUUAUUUUGACUUCUGCUAAAUGCAGCAGAGAUCAAAUCACCUUAUAUUAAACACAGCAACAAUUCAGUUUUUGCCUGAUAGAAACCUCAUCAUCAUCAUAGCUACCUGAUUGAUUUUAGUCCAGGUUUUGAUCUGGCAGGCCAUUGGGAAAGCUCCAUAUAUGGGCCCAUAAACUGUGGAGGAACUCAGCAGGUGCCCUGUGUAUGGUCACCCUUAGGGUAUAGUUAGACCUUGGAGAUUUUGUCACAUUUUAUAAAGAAAUGCAUAAACAAAUCAAACAAAGGAUGUAUUCUUUGUUUAGGUAAAGAACAAGUGUCUCUUUUAUUUCCUGAGUGGUCCAAUAGUGCACUAUAUAUAAAUAAUUUGCAAAGGAAAAUAAUGAUCAGAUGAUCAGUGAACAUAAAUGUUUGUUUUAUCAAAUGCUUCACAUCAUAACAUAACUUGCCUAUUUUAUAUUUUUUUACAUUUAUUCAGCAGUGAUACAUGGCUGGAAAACUCACACCCUCUAUUCAGCAUAUUGUCUAACCUCACAUUUUUUUUUGUUCAAAAAUCCUGCUAAUUUGGCAGGAAAUUGUAUAAAAACUUGAAUUGCUUACUAUAUUUCCAAGAUACUUUUGUUUUAGUGGGCCUGUACAUUUUAUUUAUUAAUAAAGGUUUUGAAUAAAA